AUGCUAGUGGCUGAUGCUCUCAGCAGAGCACCACUAGCAGACGAAGACAGAGCGUCACAUCGAGACGUGCACACACACGUAAGAGAGGUAGAAGCGUCGUGGCCAGUCAGAGACACAACACUUGAAAAGCUCAAACAGGCAACGAAAGAAGACGUCGAACUGAACUGUGCCAUGAGCUACACACUGAAUGGAUGGCCUGCAUACAAAGAAAACGUUCAACUAGCUGCCAGAAACUUGUACGAUAUCAGAAGCGAGCUGAGUGUGCAAGAUGGGCUACUGUUGAGAGGGAAAAGAAUAGUCGUCCCAUUAGAGAUGAGAAAAGAGGUUCUUCAGAAGAUUCACCAUGGUCAUAUGGGAAUAGCUAAAUGCCGAGAGAGGGCAGCGCAGUCAGUGUGGUACCCACAGAUUGGGAAAGACAUAAAGGAAAGAGUGGCAAAUUGUCGACAGUGCUUGGAAGAGAGAGCAUCCCACCCCAAAGAGCCUCUGCUUCCAACGCCACUUCCCAAUAGGCCAUUUGAGAAGGUAGCACUUGACCUGUUUGAACUGAAAGGUCGGUCGUUCGUUGUGGUCAUCGACUACUAUUCAUGUUAUCCAGACAUUGGGUACUUGCCCAACCAGAAAGCCUCAACUUUGGUCACAAAACUGAAAAUCAUCUUUGCGAGACAUGGCAUCCCAGAGACAGUAGUCAGUGACAGUCAGACCAAUCUUACGUCACACGAAUUUCAACGAUUUGCCCAAGACUGGGGUUUCCAGCAUAUUACCAGUUCCCCACACUUUCCAUCUGGGAACGGAGCGGCAGAGUGCAGAGUCAAACUGUCCAAGCGCCUGUUAAGGCAAGAAGACUACGCUCUGGCAUUGUUGAUGCACAGAGCUACACCAAUACCAGGACUGGGGGCUAGCCCGGCAGAGCUAGCGAUGGGGAGGAAAAUGAAGACGACACUCCCAACACUUCCCACAGUCUUACAGCCUCGCACAGUCAACACGCAUCUGCUGCGCGAAAAGGACAGAGUCUACAAGUAG